AUAUUGAUGACCCUCUCACUUUUUUUCCUCUCAUCGUUAUCCACCAUCGUCGCCUACUCACCGGUGUCAAUCCCUCUCCAACGGCCGCUUGCUCUCAACCUUUCUCGGCAUCCUCUUCUCUCUCAGUUCCUUCUCUUCUGAUCAUUCAAGAGCAGAGCCAUGCAUCAUCUCGGCCACUCUGACGAAACCAAAGAGAUGUUCCAAGCUCAAUCCCACCUCUACAGUCUCACCUCCAUCUUCGUAUCGUCCAUGUCUCUCAAGUGCGCCGUCCAGCUUGGCAUUCCGGACGUCAUAAACGAUCACAAGCGUCCUAUCACUCUUCUGGAGCUGGCCUCAGCGCUCCGUAUUCACCCGUCGAAAACCACGUGCCUUCACCGUCUCAUGCGCGUUUUGGUUCAUUUGCACAUAUUCGCUGAGACUCUUGCUCCCAAGCAUGAGGGAGGAGGAGAAGAAGUAAAAGCUUACGUGUUGACACCUUCUUCAAGUUUGCUUUUGAGCGAUAAGGCCACAGGGCUCUCGCCGUUCAUCGUGGCCAUGCUUGAUCCGGUUCUCAUGACUCCUUGGCAUUUUCUUGGAGAUUGGUUCCGAGGGAAUCAUGAAAAAAAUUGCAGCAACAAAUUGAUCAGCCCUUUCGAAGCUGCGCAUGGAUUGAACCUAUGGGACUAUGGGAGGAAGAAUCCUGAAUUUGGUGAUGCAUUCAAUGGAGCAAUGGCCAUUGACUCUCGAAUGAUGAAUUUCAUCAUCAGGGAUUGUAAGCAUAUCUUUCAAGGGUUGAAUACCUUGGUGGACGUUGGAGGUGGCACGGGCACGGUGGCAAAAAUAAUCUCUGAGGCGUGUUUGGGAUUGAAGUGCACUGUCCUUGAUCUCCCGCAUGUGGUUGCCGGCUUGCCGGAGAGUGAGAAUGUGAAAUUUGUUGGUGGUGACAUGUUCGAGUUCAUCCCCCCCUCGGAUGCCAUUUUGCUAAAGUUGAUGUUACAUGCUUGGAGCGACGAGGACUGUGUGAAGGUGCUGCGAAAAUGCAGAGAGUCGAUCGUUGGCAAGAACAACGAGCAAGGGAAGGUGAUAAUCAUAGACAUUGUGAUAGGCGAGACUCAGGAUGACGAUGCUGAAGCAACUUCGACAAAGCUCUUCUUCGAUAUGCUGAUGAUGACGGUGGUCACUGGAAGAGAGAGGACCGAGAAAGAGUGGGAACAUCUUUUCUCGAAGGCCGGCUUCAGUCAGCACAAAAUAACCCCUAUGUUUGGAUUAAGGUCUCUCAUUGAAGUCUUUCCUUAGGGGGUUCAAAUUAUGCCUAUUUGCAAGCACCGCUUGUAAAUUCGUUAAGAUUCAUACUAUUAUAUGUAUGUACUAAGAAGUUGUAAUAAUCUUGUUUGAUAUUGAAAUGACAUUUAAUUACGGAUUUUUAUUA